UGGUUAGGACCAUCCCAGCUGGACGGUCGAUGUGGUUCUUCCUUGUGGUUUACACCGGUUGGACUCCAAUAUUCUCUAGAAUCCACCUGAGGAAUCACAGAGCUUCGGCUCUGCCAAGCGGAGCUUCCUGGUCUUCAGUCAAUGGGAAAUGUCCGUACAGGAAGAUAGGGUACACUCCACAUCAGGCAGGUAGAAGCCUGACAGGAGAAAAGUUAAUCAUCAUGGAAGUCGAGGGAUGUGAAACUGCAAUUCCCAUGAGGGAUGCCUUCAAGAACAUCACUAAAGCUUCUGAUGUGAGGAAGGACACUGAAUUACUCUUAAAGCCAUACAGUAACUGGGAACAGUUCUUGAUGCCUGGCCCACUUUCUGUAGCCAUUUUAGGGGAAAUUACUUUCCUUUCAGCUGGAGAAGACUUUGAAAUAGACAAGGAGACACCUAUUGGCGGAUUUAAGUAUUUGAAAUAUCCCAAAUCUUUCCGUGCCUCUUUGGUGCAAGUAAGCAAUCAAGGCUGGGAGGCUUUUCAGGAAGCUCACAAGAAUAUGGAUCAAAUUAGGCUUCACACUUUGACAGUUCCAAUUGACAUGAAGAAUGCCGUGAACUUUAUCAUGCAGGAUGAUCAUGAGAUCACUGAGGAAUUUCUCCCGAUCCCUCUGAGCAACAUCAAAUCCUGUGCUGAUCAAUGCUUGAAACUUGCAGAAGGUGUGGAGGAGAAAUUUAACUUGGUCAUCCUUCUGAUCAGUGAAUUACUGGAGGCGUGUACAAGUUCGAAAGGAAAAUAUGAGGAAGAAUUCCACCAAAUAAAAAUCAAAAAAGAAAUUGUUAAAAUGAGGGAAAAAUCAACAAAAGAAGCAAAAGCAAAAGCUGAAGAGUAUCACAAAGAAAUAGAUGAACUGGUAAAGAAAGCACAGACAGAUUAUGAAGCUGCAAUGGAUUCCAUACCUGUUGGCUGGAAUGCUUUGGCAAUGUUUAUCGCAGGAUCAUUAGCCAGUGGUAUCACUUCACUUAUCUCUGGAAAAUUUAUCACCUCAGUGAUCAAAGAGCUUAAAGGUAUUGGUAAAGGAGCCAAAUCCAAGGAUACUGGAGCAUCUCGCAACAAUGUUGUAUGUGGAUCAGACUCUCUGCAAUGUUUAAUAUCAAUACUACUGUCUUUCCUGGACAAAGAUCACAACAUUGAUGAGCAGAAACUAGAGAAUAUGGACGCAGGAAGAGAGCUCACAAACUUUUGUAAACAGAUUUUGAAGAAAUUGCAGCAAGAAACUGAAAAUGUAGAAAAUUGCAAGGAAAAGGAUGACACUCUUGAGAUCUGCAAAGCAGCAAUUGAAAUAUGUGAGGAGCUGGAAACUUUGGCAAAUUCCAAGCCACCUGAUGCAAAGGCAAUGGAAAAGCUGGCUAAGAAGAUGAAACAAGUGAACCCGAAAUCAAUUAAAUUUGCCUCUUACUGCAAGGCAUCUACUGGAUCCAUGGGUGUAACUGCUACUCCACCACACAUGGCUAGCGCUCAGUCAAAAAAGGUGAACAUGGGAAUGGGAAUUGUCAUGAGCAAUGCCAGAUUUAAGGUGGAACUAUCCUCAGCACAGCUUCUAGCUUCACAAGAGCUGUAUGAGAAAAGCUUUGAAAAUAUGAGGAAGAGCAAUAAAGAGCUUGAAGAGACUCUGGAAACACUGAGAAACUGUGAGAUACAGGAAAUUAAUUUUGAUAAAACUGUGGAGAUGCUCAUGAAAGGAUUGGAAGCAUUAGGUCGUGUGAAAGAACAAUGGGGUAAAAUGGUCCUCUUCUUCACCAUGAUGUCAAACCUGAUUAAGAGCUGCCUGAAUAAUUCACUUAGCAAUUUCAUUAAAUACAAUGAAAAGCCUUUGCAAACUUCCAGCUAUUCACACAACAAUUUCCUACAAGACCUGCUGUACACACAGGCCUCUCAAGCCACCAAUAUUGCAAGUCUUGUUCACAUGAUUUCUGAAACUUAUGUUCAGGUCUCUGCCCAAUAUCUGAUGGAUCGUGUCAAUGGUUUGGGGAAACUAAUGGGAUUAGAUCCAAACAGAGACAAAGUUAAAUUUGAAAAAGAACAUGAGAAGUUUAAAACAGACUGCAAGGCAGCUUCGAAAGCUAUUGAGGAUCUUGUUAAAAAGAACAAGGAGGAUUUUGAAAAGCAUGCGCAGGAGAGAAUAGAAACAAUUAACAGUGUGAAAGACUUGCUCCCACCAGCCACUUCGGAGGAAAUCAAAGAACUUAAAGAUAUUGUUGAAACAAGUAUUCGAGCUGCAAUUAUGGAAAUGACAGAAGAAAAUGAGGAUCAAUAUGUCUAAGAACUGCUAUUACCCUGCCACCCCUCAACACCACACCGCUAUUCCAUCCCACCCCUCGCUAAGGAUUACUGUAUUCCAUUUGGAACCUCAUGUGAGACUACAAAGGUCAAAUUGAUGCUGCCAUAAUUGACAUUUAGAAAUGAUUGGGUGAAUUUCUGCUUGUAAUUAAGACAGGAGCUUACAGGGCAACAAGAUCUCAAAGUGAUUAAGGUUAUUCAGCUCAUCUCAGUUAAUUCUUCGAGCCCUCACUGCAGCAUUUGAUUAGUUUUGUUAAAUAUUCUCAGAUUCCAACUUUUUGCAGAAGUCGAUUCCACGUACUGACCACUCUUAAGAACUUCCUGUUACCCAAAUUUUAAGCUAAAUUGCAUUUCUUUGCUCGAAUUUGUUUCUGUAACAAAGCUUAGGUUUUUUAUACUAGCUACUAGUUUGGGUUCAGCAUCAUAAACAUACCUUGCAUCCAUUAACAUAGGGGCUGCACCCUUUUUCUGCCUAAUAUCAAGAUGAACAAUAGCAUGGCAACCAAGGGACCCUUGCUCUGUGUAUUGGUCAAUGGAAUGUAACUGUGCCAGUACAUGAAUCCUCCAUCUAUACACAGUGGACCAGAUAAAACACUUACCAAAUUGAGGCACAGGAAUUAAGCCAAUAAGUGGCAUUAUUUGCAUGCAGUAUCACAUGGUAUGUUACAUUUUUCUCUGCACUCCUCCAAUACAGAAAGCAAUCAAAAUACAAUUUGUUUUCUCUCUAAACAUGAAUCUAGACCAGAAAAUCACUUUCUCAUUUCCCUCACUUCCCUCUUCCUGGUUAACCUGCUUUAGACUUUAAAACACAGGGAGCAUUUUCCCUUCUGGCUGCAAAGCCCACACAAGCUCCAACGACAGUGCAUUCUCUCUCCAAGCACUGCUGCAUUGUGGUGAAUCUCCAGCAGAGCUGGGUGUGCUCCAGAACCGAUAAAAUUAAUGUCAAAACUUUAGGAAAAAAGAAUCAAACCUGAAGUUUCAGGCAGAGAGUGCUCCCUUGCUUCGUGUUACCAUGCUGGGUUCUAAGCAUUCUCAUUCAUCAGUUUUUCAAUACUCUGCUAUUGACUUCAUACUUAUUAUUUUGUUGAGAGUUACAGUAGAUUGCAUGUUUACUGUACAACUUUAACUGCAACAUUUACAAUUUGCUUCAUUUUACAUAUGUUAAUCAUGUCUUCAUCUAAACUAGGAUGAUUCAAGCUUUAAUCUCCAGGGGUCACAUGGGUGUCUGCCUUGGUGCCUCAAAGACUACAUAUAAAAUUUAAGUCCACGCCUUUAUUAGAUUACAUAUUUUAUGUUUUCAGUUAUCAGGUUCGCUUCACCUGGCGAACGCUAGUGUUAAACCCUUGAUAUUAACGUAUUAGUUGGUGCUUGAAACUAUAUAGGCACAGAGGCCGAUUAACCGAACAAACAGUGGUGGUUUAUUGGACUUAAGAACAGAGCACUAACACCACAUGUGCUACUUCAAUCACCUCCAGGUCUAGGCUUCCUGUUAUCCAUGUAGCCCAUGCUGUGUAGUGAUUGGUCAAUACAGUCACAUGGUCAAUUAACUACAUUCUCUUAAAGGUGCGCAGCACUCAACGUUACCACAACAUAUAUCUUAAAUUCCUGAUACAGAAAGAUCUUGGUGUUUUGACUAGGUGUUUAUCCACCAGUGUGGCAACAAUGCUAAGAACAAUUGUAGUCAAACCUGAGAAUAAGAAGGGUCUUUGAAGGUUGAUUUGGUAAUGACCAUGUGACCCCAGGACUAACCUUGUGCAAGAUGCAAUGUUGUAAUGCUUAUUAUGAUCAAGUAUAUGUAAUUUUUAGCAUCUACUUUUCAAUAAACAAGCUUGGUUUUGGA